ACAUGUGGCUUUCCCGGAAGUGACCUUUGUCUGGUGAUGUGAUUUGAAAUAGUUGCAAAAAUCUCAAAUUGCGUUGCAGUACAGUUGAUGUCGCUGCAAAGAGAAGCGAGAAAUGCAAAAUAACUGCAAUUUGAUCAAAUGGAAGGGUGCCAUGAGGCUAACAGCCGCAUUGCUUUCACUUCAGUUUAUCGCACAAGUGACCUCUGCUACAAGAAAUGGGGAAAUAGGCUGUAAAAGAGCAAAAGUUUUUCGUAAAAACAAGAGUUACUUGUACGGCUAUGAAGGAAUUAUAGAAAACGGAAUCAAAGGAGCAUCUGAGAACACCACUCAAAUGCGGCUGUCAGCAGACUUGCAUAUCGACCAUGUUGCUGGUUGUCAAUACUCAAUGCAGAUGAAGAAUGUGAAACUUGAAGAAUCAUUUGGAAGCAAAAGUCAAUUCACAUUAUCAGCGGGUAGCAUUUCAGCCUCACAAGCUUUGGAACGUUUUCCUGUUCGCUUCGUCGUUGACCAUGGCAUAAUCACAGAUGUCCAACCUGUUUUAAAGGAGAGAGAAAGAAAUCUUCUGAAUAUUAAGCGUGGAAUUCUCAGCUCUUUUCAAGUCAAAUGGUCCAAACGAAAAUCAGUCCGUGAGGUUGAUGUUUCUGGUGAAUGCAGUGUCACGUACAAAUUAAAAAAAGAGAAGGAUGGUACGAAAAAUGUUACAAAGCAAAAGAAUCUGACUAGCUGUGAACGCAGAUCCAUGGCACACUCGAACAUUGACACGUCCCAGUACAAAGAGAUGUCUUCAAUAUAUGAGGGAAAAAGCACAUGUGCCUAUUUUCUGGGAAAGAAGAAUGAAAUAAAAAAUGUGAUGUGUACAGAGUUUUACCUCAUGAGGCCGUUUUCGACCAGUUUUGGUGCAGGAGCAUUCACAAACAUCAGCAAAUCAGUGUUCUUAAAGAAGAUCAAGAGGAUUCGAAGUCACAAACAAACUGAACAUGAAUUCUACUCCACUUCACUUCUAUUUACUCAUCAACACGAAGACGAUCUAAAGUCCUCUGAUGACUCACGUGUUGUCAAACUACUCACCAUGCUGGUGGGAUAUUCUGCAGAAAAGGUUUUGCCUGAAACAUCGAGCCUCUUUACCGAACUGGUAUUUGCAAUGAGAUCAAUCAACGAGAGGAGCUUGGGUGAAAUAAUGAAGAGAUUACAAACGUGCUUCGGUCACUCUAAAUGCCAAGCAAAAAUUAAUAAUUACUGGUCCUACUUUUUCGAAGCAUUAUCUCAAUGUGGAUCGACGGCCUGCGUUAAUGUUAUAGGUGGAUUGAUUAUCUCCCAAAAAAUUCCACGGGAAAGAGUUGAUGAUUUCAUUUCAGCAUUGAACUUCAUUCAGGAACCAUCGCCUUCAAUGCUCAAUACUGUUAUGGGUAUCUACAAAUCAACCCAAAACCCUAAUGCACUUCUCCUUGUUGGCACGUUGAUGCACAAGAUGUGUAGUCACCGACCAUCAGAAUGCCAAGGAAAGGGCCUAAUUGGAGGUGUAAUCCAGGAGGCAGAAUACUUUUUGAUCAGAUUGCUUGGAAAUGACUGCCGGAAGAAGGAUGAGCAGCGAAAUGAGAUAAUUUAUUACAGUUUGAAAGCAAUUGGAAAUGCAGGAAGACCUUUGCAGAUGAAAGAUGUUAUUAUUGAUUGCGUUCGACAUUCAACCGAGCCAAGAAUAAGCGUAGCUGCUCUCCAUGCCCUUCGAAAAAUGCCAUUGGGUGGUAAAAUUGCUGAUCAAUUGCGAAUGUUGCUCAUUGACAGAAAUGUCGAUUUAGAGAAAAGAAUAGAGUCAUUUUUGUUGUUGUUGGAAGAGCCGAGUGAAGACGAUAUCUUGCUGUCCAUUGACAUGGUGAAUGAUGAACGAGAGGCCCAUCAAAUUAGAUCAUUCAUUUCCUCAUACUUGAAGUCAUUACAAAAGAAUUCAAAUCCUUUGAAGAGCCGGGUGACCAAUUUGCUCAAGGAAUCUCUGGAGAAGAAGAAGAUGGUAGAACUGUACUCGCCGCCAUCGAGAUUUUCUAAAGCUUUUGACAGAUCGUUUUAUAUAGGUCAAGCUGAUGUUGGUGGUGGUGUUCAUGGUUACACGAUAUUUCACCCGGAGAGCUUCAUCCCACGAUCCGCUAGGUUUGGUCUAGGAGCGCAGGUUCUGGGGCAUUCUGUUGAUGCGUUUAGUGUAACUGUGAGAAUGGAAGGUUUAGAGCGUUAUGUUGAAAAGAUAGUUGGAGACACUGGGUAUUUUUCAAAACAGCAUUUGAAGACGUUUUUUGAUAUACCAAUGGACCUGGCACAAAAGAAGAAAACUGGUUCUCGCAAGAAACGGAACGUUGGUCGAGAAUCGUUUUGGAACAUACUAAAGACGCUAGAAAAACAGGUGAAUAUGAAAGAAAGUGCGCCGCAGUUGGAUUUGACGUUUAGUAUUUUUGGAAGUGAUGUCCGAAUUUUGAAACUGAAAGAUAUCCACCUUCUGAACGGUGAAUUGGAAGAUUUUAACGUCGUGAGAGCUUUGUACUCCUUAACCAAGGGUAAGAAAAUGACACUGCGAAGGAGCUUUGUUUUUCUAGAAGGAAGCUACGUUGUGCCAACGGCUCUUGGUUUGCCCCUGAACUUCGGAGUGAACGGCUCAGCUAUAAUGUCAUUACACCUAGAUGGAAAAGUCGGCGUAAACAAUCUCGUCCUGGGUCCAAAGAACAUGAAUAUGAAAGGCUCGGUGUUGCCUAGUGUAUCCCUGGCUAUAUCAGGAAAAGUAACUGUUGAUGGGUUCUUCUCAAAAGUCGGUUUGAGGCUGCAUUCUAAUACACAUACAACCGCCAAGAUUGGGGGUGAGGUUGACUACAAGGAAGGAAAGAUCUUUGAGGCAAAGAUCGAUGCACCCAGUGACAAGGUUGACUUAUUCAAAUAUAAGCACGAGAUUUUUCAUGUCCUUGGUCAGAAGGAAAUAAGAUUUACUGGAUUGCAACGAAGGACCAAUCUGAAUCUUUGCGCCGAUGAAGUCUACAACAGCUCUGAGUAUUUUGGUGUCGAUGUGUGUUCAGAAUUCAGUUUUCCUGUGGCAUAUCAAAGCCUUAGUGCACCCUAUUACCCACUUACUGGCCCUGCAAAUGUCGGAUUUACACUUCAUAAAAGGGACAAAUCGCUAAGCUUCUUUCAUUUCAAGAUAGCCAGUAAAAAAGAUUUUUUGCAGGCAAUUUUCGGUACCCCUGGAGCAAAGAAUCCACGUAUGAACAAAAUGAAUCUUGCAAUAAUGCCUAGUGGUAACAAGGGUAUUGUUGGCGCAACAUUCGGAAAUACGAAUCGUGGACUUUUAUUAAAGUAUCGAUAUGACAACAUAUCUCGUGGGCUGGAAGCAGAGCUAACUUCAAACAUCACCAAAAGUCCUGUGGUUUUAGCAACACGCUACUUCAACGAAACGAACCCGCUCACGCUCGACAUCAAGAUGGGGAUAGAAAUACAGCUGGUGUCUGGAAAUUCUGUAACGAAGACCUUUUUACAUUUUACAGAUACAUACAGCUAUUGGGGCUUUAAGUGGCUAUUUGAACACCAAAAAGCACGCAUGGAUGCAGAACUCAAAGUUGCCUACAACCCACAGACGAUUUUCAUGAGCUGGAAUUAUGGUGACAAGAAGUUUGCUUUGCAACUUGUUCCAUCUUUUCCAAUAUUUUCUAUCGAUUUGCUGGUCAACUGGCAACCUAAAUACGCUAACUUAACUUUGAAAGGUGACGUUAACAAAGGAAGACUAGAAAUCGUCGCAAACACAACAACAUAUUCUUUUGGAGCCAUGGCAUCUUUGAAUAGAUACCAAGGUUACAACGAACUAUUGCUGAGCAUGCGCAGCGGACUAGAUGUGUAUACAUGGCUGACAAAACUUGAUUAUGAAAAUUCAAAUAAAAUAGUUCAAAGCCAAGUGAUUUUUAAAGGUAAAAAGUACGGCAUAACGAGUCAAUUGAGAAGAAGGGAAAUCGUCAUCACUGUCGAUGGAAUGCAAGCGUAUUGUCACAUUGGUGCUGUGCAGACCUUUCAUAAAAAAGGGCUCAACCUCACCUGGAACAUUGGAGGUCGCUCAGGCCACUUCCUGGUAUACUUUAAUACUAAUGGUCACCGUGAAGUAUGCGCUGAGACAAAUGUUGGAAAUCAGUUCUCUUUCUCUUGCUUGCGCUUUGUAGAAGCAGGACCCACUCGUUUUAUUGAAAUAUCUGGAAAAAACAGUGAAUCACGAUUCAUGGCAGUGCUUUCGAAUACAAGAAAAACACAGCUGAUUGGAAGUAAACAGAACUUGAACAUUUUCACUUUAAAAGCAAAGAUAAAUGACGAAUCAAUCUUUGACUCGAAGAUUGUUCUAGAAUCUGAUCUAAAAACGAAGCAAGAGCGGCUGUCCAGAGUCAAUGUAUCACUAGUGCGCAACAGUUAUGCACUGGAUCUUAAAGUGCCGAGUUCCGAUAUCUUCAGAAGAGAGGUGACGUCAUCUGGAUGGCUGAAGCUAAGUCAAAAAACCUCGCAAGGAACAAACCUGGCUAAAUUUGAUAUAAGACACAUUUGGAAUGCAACCCUAAAUACUUCGGACAUUUUCUCGGAAGCAAAGUUCAUCAGGCACAACGAAAAGGACACGGGUAUUUUGGCAUAUCUCGAGAGAGUUGUACGCAAUGGCAACGGCGAGUUAAUUCAAGUGAAAAGAGAAUUUUUAUCAGUUUGGGGAAAAACUGUGCGUCUUGUGGAAGGUGAAUUGACAUUUGGUCACAAGGAUGGAAAAAAAAUAAAGUGGGAAACAAAGUACAAGUCUGGAAAUACAACUUCUCAAGAACUCGGAGAACUACUGAUAAAUGGUGUAAGAAGAGAAUUUAAAAGUGUAAAACCAAGUGUCCGUGUGUUUGGAGAAGUAAAGAAAACAUCUGGAAUUGCCAACGACUUCUUUUACCCUAGUGAGUUGGAGGUCGCUGCGUUCAAGAAUCGUGUUUUUUGUAGAAUUGAUUUGGAGAAAGGUUUUGCAAAGUUAAACUCAACAUUUCCUCACUUUGCCAUGUCUCUUGAGGUGCUUUUCAAAAGUCGUGAAAGGUAUGUCAUUGCUUUAAGAUAUAUGAACAGUUCUUUGGCGAUGGAGCAAUUGCUGGCUGUUGUGACAAAAAGUGACAUCAAUAACUCGUGGGAAGUUGAAGUCUCCUACCCAAAAAUUAAGCACAUCAUCAGAACACUGAAGUCUGUCUACCGAUCGGGAUACCAAGACUACGAGGCCAAGCUGCUGGCUGCGUUUACUAAUGAAUCAGAAAACCUACAAUUGUCAGUGAAAUCUAAAUCAAAGCUGCUGGUACACAUAGCCGAUUUGACAAGGAGCCUGUUACUUAGCAACAAUGCCAGCAAGAGUAUAGAUGCUUUGCCGCUGAAGUGGAAGAGAUUUAUGGGGGUUAUUUGGGAUCAGAUUACAUUGCAGGCAGUUCGUGGCCUUGCAAGUAGAAGUUCUUGGACUGAACUAGAAGUUUCUCAGCUUAAGAAAGACUUGGAUAACGUCAUUAUGAAUUUAGUCCGAGGUAAUGCUGAUGUUUUUAGACACUUGUCGUCGUUGAAUGUGCUCCCUGCUGUUCAAGCAGGUAACCAAGCAGUGAAAAUGUUUCAAAAUUCUUUAAAGAAGCUUGUUGAAAGCACAGAAGUCCAAGCAAGCAUUUUUAAGGGCAUCGAAAAAGCUUUGGUUAUGCUCAAUUUUUCUAAAGAAGUACAGGGAAUGGUUCGCUCAAGGUUGAAGCACGCAAAAGAUUCAAAUGCGAAAUCCCCAGUGAAUACUUUCAUCUUGUACCGUAACAUAUCGAAUGUUUUGAUAAAUGCGAUAAUUAAAGAAAAAGCUGCCUUCACCUUGAAAUAUUUAAGAUCGAAAUUAAAAGAAACAUUUCCACCGAAAAUACAGACGGAAGUUUUGCAGAGACUGAAAGAUACUGAAAGAAUUCUUGAGCUUCAGAAAACCAAAGGUACACUGACGAUCACCGAUACGAUUAAACAAUUGCAGGAAUUACAAAAUUUGAUCCAUCAGUUGGUUAUUGACAUAGUAAAAGAAGAAAUGAGAAUAUUAAAACUUCCAAAGCCUAUGGAGAGGGCGAUUUUACAAUUUACAAAGAAAUUUGGAUUCAAUGAACUUUACAGCAAUGUGCUGAUCUACGUGUCAGAUACAUUGAACUUGACAAGGAAAUACCCUGACCUUGCGCAGCAGAUUAUGACAAAUGACACACGCAGCCUGCUUGUGAUUGGCGCUCAGAUUUUCAAUGAUAUGGAAGUUCAUGAAGUAGUGCGAAAGAAGUUUGCAAAAUAUCUCAAGUUUAUUAACAGGUCAGAAUUAGUGAAAGAUCUUCUGAAUGUAAGUUUAUCAAGGGAAGGCUUUCAAGUUGAGACGUUUGAAGGUCUUUUAAAUUUACUAGAUCCUAGAAACAGAACUAACACUAAUUCAAAAGGCUCGGCUGAAGCCUUUUCAACAGAGAUUUCUGCUGUAUUGAACGUUUUAUUUGCAGACUUGGCUUUCCAACCAGGAAAUGUGAGCCUACUUCACUCUAUUCUCCGUUUGGCACACAAAACGCAAAAUACGACACGUGACUGGGUGCAUACUUUGAAAGAUGUUAGUUCAACGAAUUAUUUCGACACCGUUUUCAAAGAGGUGUUAAAAGAGCUAAAAAGUUCAGCUGUCAUCCGCAAGUUUAUAAACAGAUUGGAGAAAGAUGGAAAUAUACCACGAGCUUUAAAAGAAAUCGUAAAGCAAUUUCAACUUUUCAAAAACAAUUCUGUUAAUGGGAACCGCAAACAAAAUGCUUUCGCUCUUGCAAAAUCAUCCUUUUUGAAACUUUUGUAUUCCACUGCGUUACAGAUUCCUUAUCCGUGGCAGUCCAGAUUCCAGCCUAUUUUAGGUGGAGUUGUUAAUGCAGUCAAAGAAAUUAAAGAGGAAGACUUAAUUCACAAUACCACUAAAGUUCUCUUUGAUAUUGGAGAAAGUCUGUGGCAACCUGUUUUCAAAUACGUAACCCAAAACCUCACAACUGACGUUGCAAAAGAUCUUGAAGCUGCUUUCCACGUUUUGGCGCCAAGAAUAUCAUUUGGAAAUAUUUCAAUGUCAGAAGCUGCAAAGAGAAUAUCAGAACAACUGCGAGCCAGACUUCGCUUCGUGUUGAGAGUGGCUGCACAAGUGUUCCCUGACCUUGUUUCACAGUUCGAAAGGACAUACUUAAAGGAUGGCAAUUUCUCCGCAAAGCUGUACCAAGAUUUUUUAGCGACAAAUUUAACAGAGCCAAGUUAUUUGAAUCGAACGAAAGCGGCAAUUGAAAAAUUGACCAGGAAAAUUUUGAUGGAAGUCCAGAAUGCAACUAAUGGAUUUUCAAGUGGCACUGCAGUUCUGAACCUUUUAAAAUUCGUGAAUGGCCUAAAUUUGACAAGCUUAAAUUCAGCGUCAAAGAGUUUUGAUAAAAUGAAGGGGAUGAAAUAUUCAAAUUGGUCCCUACCUGAUCUUCUUGAUAACUGGAAAGAGAUUUUGAAAACAAUGGGUCGUUUGCAAAUUGGAAACCAAACUGUAAACAAACGGCUUCAACCCAUGAUUCUUGAUUUCAAGGACAUUUUACCGCACUUGGUUCAAAAAACGGAAUAUAUUGCAAAGAAAAUUGAAAUUCUUUUAGACAAUAGCACAAACGAAGUAAAAAGGCUCAAACUGAUGUUACACGAGGUUCUUAGUAACACUGCAGCAAAAAUGAAAUAUGGAUUCUCCAACUGGCCAAAACUGCUGAACUUUCUCUCAGAUUUGUUGGUUCCUGUCAUUGGCACAACAAGAAAUAUGCUGGGCGUUGCUUUUAAGAAGCACACGUCGUCUGUGCAUGGAACAAGUUUUGCUAAUUUGAAUACUUUGUGGAUGCGAUUUGACCGUGUGGAUUUUACAGCCGAGCUUGUGAAAGUGAUUGAAAGCGCUUCUGGUACGCCAAUUGAACAAUCAUUCCAAACAUUGUUGAAGAAAGGUGCAGCCGUUUUUGAUGAAAUUGAAAAUUAUGUGUUAAAACAGCUACAAGUUUAUAAAGAGACGGUGCACGAGGCGCAAUCAGAGCUGCAAAGUUUGUUGAAAAAGGCGAGUAGGUUCCUCACAGCCAAGGCUGGCUACCCGUUGCACAAGUUUGUCCACAAAUCGACCAAACACAUUUACAACUUCCUGAACGGCACGCUGUAUAAUUCAUCUUUCUACAAGAACUUGCAGGCUGAAGUGAAAACUUUUAAUGAAGUCAAAGUUAUUCUAAAGAAACUUGACUCUGUUCUUAGAAAUACUUCGCAUGUUGUGGGAAGAGCUCUCAGCUACUUGCAUCCUCAUGCUACAAAGCAAUGGGCGCAAACUGCUAUUCCAGGACUGGUACAAAAUGGAAGUAUUGCUUUAACCAAUGGAGUUAUUAAAAUUCUGACGUUGCUGGAAAAAGGAAGAAAAGCGGUUGUGCGCAUACCAUUUUUGAAAGAUCCAGCUGGUUUUCUUUACAGACUACCAAAAAAUGUAUUUUUAAAGCUGCAAGAGAGCAUAUCAGCAGUACAACCAGUUAUUUACAAAUGGAUUUCUGAUGCAGAAAGGAUGACGAAAGAGAGCAUCUUUGGUAGAGGGUCCAUGUCGUACAGGUUGCGAUCUGACGUUAAGGACACCAUUUUGAAACUCAACAAGCUUUGGCAUUACAUGUCGGCUUUAGAUGUUAUUGAAAAGCAAAACAGGGGAGAUGGCAAAACAUAUAAGGCAAGCAUGAACUCGCUAAAAAAAAUGAUUGAUGUGCUCACAAAGCACAGCAGCUUUGGAAACAGGUCGGCAGCAUCUAGAGAUUGUCAUCAGUUACAGAAGUUUAGAAUCUCAUGUCUGUUGCAGAAACAAGAGCUGCUUGCUGAAAAGGGUUGGGUUAAUAUCAAAGCAUUGCUGCUGAGAAUCGCUGAAGGAGAGGGAAAUUAUUUCAAUUUUGAAAAAGAGAUGAUUAAGAACAUUACUUCUUCAAUUCAUUUGGCAAAAGAACUUGCCAGAAAUGUCUCUGAGAAGAUAAAACAAACAAUUACUAGUGCAAAGGGAGAGUUUUUAUUGCUAAAAGCAAAUGAAACGAUCAAAGACAUUUCUAAAGUCUUAGAAUCUAUGGCAACUUUCUUCAAUCAACAUGUUCGAGUGAAAAGUUCGAGUGACUCUGUUUUGUUUGUUGUUCCUGAAAUUCAAAGGUUUGAAGAGAUUAUUGGUCGACUGAUAAAGAUAAAGGUCAAGAACUCUGCUCGUGGUGCUCAGGGAGCACAUUCGCACGUGAAUCGGCAUCGGCUUUUAAUGCCACAACCAACGGUGAGCGGUCUGCCAUCAGCUUCAGUGCAUUUACCCUCAGAUAAAACAACGGCUGGGAAGAUACCUCUUCUUGCAGUGAAUCAGCAGUUAGGAAGAGUUGUGGAGAUGUCUCUUGCGAUGCUUCGACAAGCCUUUGACAAUGGUAGAGAAGGUCUUGACAACGCAGUGACGGCCUAUCAGGCAUUCACUAACAGCAUCGAUUCUCGCUUUGACCUGCUUGCCAAGCAGACAUACAACACAACGUUGAUGCAACCGUUAAGGUGGUUAUCAAAAGUGGCAACUAUACCAGUACCAGGUGAAAAACUGCAAUCGUUCUUCAAGACGGAAAAUAUGUUGGUCGAUGCAAAGAGGGUCUUAGCACCGCUGCAAGAAAGUGCGACGUUCUAUGACAACCAUGUGUUUACAUUUGACGGAGGCUACCUGUACUUGCCACGGGUUCGAGGGAAUGGCCGGUGCAUGUAUCUGUUGGCAAGGGACUUUCGCGGAGGAGCCUUCACAAUCCUUUAUAAAAGGGACCAAUUGUUGAUGUAUAUUGGUCAGACAACAAUAACAUUUUCAAGAUUUGGAAAGGUUGUAAUAAGUUCAUUGCAUGAUGGAAGAGUGGUAUCCACAAGCGACCUUCCAAUGGCUACAACUGACGUUUUCGUUGAAAGCCAUGGUACUACCUUCAGAGUUACAAGCCGGCUUGGGUUGCAGAUCAGUUGCAACAAAGAUCAUUUCAUGUGUAGUUUCACAAUAUCUGGCAUGUACCACAACAAAACCCUUGGUUUGUUUGGCACAAAUAACGUCGAAUAUGCUGACGACUUAAGACUACCAAAUGGCAAAAUCUCGAUUGAUGUUGUGUCCUUUGUAAAUUCAUGGGAGGUUUCUGGAUGCCCUCAGUGUCAAGCUCUUGAAAGAGCUGAUCUGUUGCCCAAGUGUAUAGCACAACCAACGCAAGUUUGUAGGCGUUUAUUCAAUAACAGGUCAACGUCGUUGUCAAGCGCGUUCAAUGUGUUACGGCCACAACCCUACUUCAUGGCUUGUCGACAAGAGGCAUCAAUGUGUGUCAAAAAAGCAAGAAACGGUGUGCCGUUUCAUUGUCCUUUCGCUUCGAUUUAUACGAAGAAAGCUUUGCAACUUGGGAUAAAGUUAGAGUUCCCUAAAGAAUGUGUCACAUGCCAAGACAUCAACACUCGCUCGCACCUACACAAACCUCGGCAUUCUGUCGACUUUGUAUUCAUCAUAAGAGACACGUCACAUACAAAAAAGGCUUUGAAAAAUUUGAAAUCUGUAAUGGUGCAGUUGGACAGCCAUCUUCGUCAAAGUAGAAUCGACCCAAGGUAUGUUGUUGUUGGAUUUAAUGGUCUACACCAUCGUACCAAGCCGUUCAUCCAGACAGGCCGAGGGGAAGCGUCAGGGCAUAUUAGCAAUUUUGUCGCUGCCUUGGAUAAUCUUGAGUGCAAGAACCACAUGAGAUCUUCAAGCGGGCUCAAAGCUUUGCAAUUCGCGGCUAAUCUGGCUUUCAGGGCAUCGUCAACAAAAAUUGUUGUCGUCCUUGAUUCAAUGGCUGUUUACUCGGGAGCCCUGAAGGAGCUAAUAGCAACAAAUAAUAUGCUGAGGGAGAAAGGCAUCAUUGUAAAUUCUAUAAACAAUUAUAGAUUCAGGAAACAUGUAAUUGGGAAGGACUCAUUCAACACCCGCUACCACUUGAAGAUUCCUAAUGGAGAAAUCUUGCGCAUGCUCAGUAUUGACACAAACGAUGAUUACGUGCCAUUGGUGAAAGAAUCGCGUGGUGGCAUCAUGGCAUUGAAGAGCUUGACGUCACUCAAUGACAAAUGGAUGAAGGCUUUUCCAAUAAGUUUCAAAAGGAUGAUUCUGAAGCAGGUGAAGAAUGACAAGUCACGGUGCAAAGCAUGCCGCUGCGUCCCUCGUGCAGAUGGUUAUGGUGAAAUGAGAUGCACACAGGCAGCUGACUGCUAACUCAGGGAUGUGUCCUGUUACUCAUCCUCUUUUCAUCUUUAUUAGUAUUUACACUUUUAUCGGCAUUGUAUUUUAGAUAUUUUUAACUUACAUCUUAAACGUCUCUAA